CAGCCAGUCGCUUUCCGGCCGUCGGAGGAACCGCAUCGCUGCCGGUCGCUUCUCCCGCGCUCGAAACAUCGCAACUGAUGCGUCCUCGUAUUUGCAUAGGGAUGUUUAUUCCCAGAUAGUGUGCCCUAAAAACCUGACUAUUAUCACAACGGAUUGCUAUCAGUGCUGUGAGUUGCUCAAGUGCUUCGGACAGAGGUAAAUCAAAAUUAAAAAAAAAUCGUAAAAGUGCUGCGGUUUAUUGGUCCUUCGUAUGGAAAAAGUGGUUUUCAUGUAAAACGGAUGUGGUUUCGAUGAGAUUUGUUUGUAACAAAUUAAAUAUAAACACACAUCAGUCGAACGCCCCGAUAAAGAAGGCAAUAAUUAAAUUAGCAUGAGUUUUUGUAACUGAAACAGAAAGUGCUCAAGAUAAAGUGAGUGAUACAAAGUUGAGAACACCAGAAUUUCCAGCCGAAGAGAUAAUAAGCCGCGAAGUAAAUGUCAUCGUGACCCGUAUGAAGUCGUUAAAAAGAUAAAAUAGAAGAAAACCUCGCAUGGCCCAAAAAGAACGUCCAAUUGAAGCGUCAUCGUACGCUUUGUGGACACUACAAGAUGUUUGGUACAACGGGACAAGCAAACAUUUGCCGAAGUUUAACCUAAAGGCAUCAACAAAUGUAAAAAAUGCUAAUAGUAAUACAGACAAACAAGACACUGAGGUUAGUGAAGGCAAUAGUUACAAUGAAGUUCGUGUUAUAGCAGAUGAAAGUGUAAGCAGUGACUAUCGUGAUGACGAAGAAGUCAGAAAAAAUGUGUGGAGUGAUGUUGACGACGAACUAUACAUAGCCAAUCUUAUAAAACUUAGGACUUCAGAUGAAGUGAAUCGCGUCAAACGUGAUAGUGAUUCUAGUGUUAGUGAUUUCAGCGGAAAGGUUGUGAAUAGUGAUAAGUUAGAUAAGUACGAGAUGUGGGAGCUGGAGCCCACGGACCUUACGGAGUGUGACUGUCUUGGACCGCCUCCAGAGUUCCUGCUUCCACCACCGCCGAGGCCGCCCUUCUUGCAAGCUGAUUACUAUUGCGGCGACGAUCCGAUACCAGAUUUGGAGACCUGCGAUACGGAACCAAAGAUAGACGCGUACAACCACAGCGGGCCCUCCUUGCAGACAUCGGCAGUGAUCGCCCUCUGCUCCAUAGUCCUCAUCGUGGGCGUGUUCAUAGGCGCCAUACUUGUUUGGAAGCACAAACGGAAAGUGACCCACCUCCUGCCAUCCAAGUCAUCAGCAACGACGCAGGGCUCUGGGUCGCAGCGCCGCGCGCCGCCGCCCGCCCCGCUCUACGAAGACCUGCAAGACAUGCCGCGAAGACCGCCGCUUCCGCAUCGACCUGAAAUGGAGCCACAGCUUGAGAUGGUCGAGACGAAACGACCGAACUGUCAAGGACGUGUCUUCGUGUGCGAUACAAGCGGUUCGUGGCGAGGUGGCAACUCUUGCGUGGGAGACGCCUGCGGUGCUCCUCUGUACGAAGAGUUGCCGCACCGGUCUGACGACUCCAUCCACAGUGACGACCACUUCGCUGAAGACGAGCUCAGUCUUGUUGGCGAAGCGGUGCCUUGUCGAACAUGUUCAAGACCUCCUGCUCCCCAGUCGCUACCCCACCGACCAAGACAGCACCGUCUGGAUAGAAGACCGAAGUCCCUCGAACGGAGACGAGCUCAACAUAGAAUGCCGCGCCACAUACACCCUCCAGAUCCUUCGGAGUUCCACGAGGGAGUCCUUUUAGACGCAUUGUUAAGAUUGUAUCCGCAAGUUGGGACAGUUGGAGCCAGACCUCCUGGACCGAUGCCAAUCGGUGCAGGAGGGGCGUGGCCUGGAGGGGAAUUACCUGGAAUAAACUGCUGGAGAGCUCCAAGAGCUUCUCCCAAGCCUCCAAGCGGCGAUUCUUCCUUCGGCUCUGAUUCAGGCUACAGUAAUAACACAUGCGGCACAUGCGGUACCAGGGCUUCCUCCCGACAUCGCUUAUCAGCAGAGAUACCCUUAUCAUGAACGAGAGGAGUUCUUGGACUCGGCGACCGUGCCGUUGUGUUCCCAUAUUGAGUGAUAAUGUGAUUUUUAAACUAUAAUUCCGAGCAUUUAUUAGGUUUACUUCUUAACGGCCUACUUUCGCUGAUAUUCAGUAUGGCCCUUCGCCUUUUUCGGUAAUAGUGUUUGUGAAUUAUUAUGGAGCUUAGGGAUACCUAGUAGUAUAUUUCUACCGAGUCUGUACAAAGGAGUUUCUAAAAGACGUCUUUCCGAUUAGCAAUAAUGUUUUGUUUUUAUUAGCGUAUUGGUUUUUAAUUCUGUAAUUUUGAAUAUAUAGGAGAUUUUGUACAAAGUCGCAUGACCAUAAAGUAGUCAUUUUGUCCUAGUAAGUUAUGUCGAGCUAGUCCUAAAAUUAUUAUCGCAAUUAUGUAUCGAAUUGUAAUACACAUUUCUUUGAUUUAAUGUAAAAAGUUAAAUUUGUAAAUCAUGAAAUUUACUAAACUCUGUAGAUAUUGUAAAAAAGUACUUAGUUAAGUUAGGUGAUAGUGACUUGAAUUUUAUUAUCAUAUCACAUUGAAAUUAUCUGCAUUGCAUUAUAUUUUAUUAUGAGCAGAAUUCUUAUUCUUUUUUAUGUGUAACUUACUUUGUAAACUCAUACUUAACUGGUGCUACAAAUUCAAAAUUCCUUUCGUAAGUUCACUAAUACAGAAAAAAACCUACAGUAUUAAAGUUCCUCCGUUUAAAAGAUGUUUUCAUAUUCAGUAACGUUUUAGUAUAUAAUAAAUACAUCUUAUAUAGAUACUUAACUAGUUGACCACGUCUUAGGUUUGAGAUGGAGCAAAAAGCUGAAAGAACUGUACACUAUUCUGUGACGAGGUCCUUAUAACAUGACAGUGGGAACUUCGAAUUUAUAUCUAUCUCUUUCUGUCUAUAGUAUCAUAUUAGAGAUAGAUAUAUAUGGACGAGUUCUAAUCUUAAUAAAAGCCACGUUGCCGCAUAGAAGUAUUGUAGCGCUAUUCUGUAAAGAUGUUUUUAUAAUUCGUCAGUGUGAGACUCAAAUUAUUUACUAUUUCCCUCUUUCUAAAGUAUCGUGUUAAAAAAGAGACGUAAAGACGAAUUAAAGCUCACACUGACGAGUUCUAAAAACAUCAUUACCGCAUAUCUGUACUGUAGCACUAUUCUGUGACGACGUUUUUAUAAUUCGACAGUGUGAGACUCGCAUUAUUCACUUUCUCUCUCUAUUUAUAGUAUACUGUUAGAGAAAGAGAUAAAAGACAGGCUCUAUUCUCACAUUAUCGAGUUAUAAAAACAUUGAAUAGAUAAUUUGAAACGAUAUUUUUAUAUUUCGACGGUACGAGACUUGCAUUAAUCACUUUCUAUCUCUAUUUAUAGUAUCGUGUUAGAGACGAAUUCAAAACUCACACUGUCGAGUUGUAAAACCAUCUUUGCUGCACAGUGGAACUGUAUUCUCAUGUUUAUCUUUCUCUACUGCUAGACAGAGAGACAAAGAUGUAUUGUGAGACAAACUCACACUGUCGAGUUAUAAAAACAUUGUUACUGCAUAGAGCUACUGAUCAGAAAUACUGGAAACACGUGUAAGUGUGGGUGUAUGAUCAUUGAUCAUGUUCCCUAAUCUCUCGUUAGAGUCUUUCGUGUAAGAAGGUGCCAACUAGUUCCAAGUGCUAUAGAAUCCUUUAUAUAAAAAGUUUUAAAUUUCCUCAAGAUACAAACAUAAUAGCGUCAAAUCCUUUACACUGGUUACCAUUAUCAGAAAGAACUUGAAAAUUAAAGGCCUAGAUCCUGGCCUAAUCUUUGUUUUUAAAUGAAAAUUGUUAUUAACAUUUUUUGGAUAGUUUUCUAAAUAUUUUUAAAGUUGAGGUACAUUAAAUAAUGUAUUCUGCAUUCAUGCGCAAAGACAGUUUAAAAUUGCCAUUAUAAAGGAGUCAAUUAAUUUCAUUGUCAACAAAUCUGAACAUAUGAAGCAGAACUAUGGUUGCAGUGCCAACCUUUACAGAAUUUUCUAAGAUGUAAAGAGAUCCUUUACAUUUUAAAAGAUUCUGAUACAUUGUUAACGUAUUAUUUAUUAAUUAUGGAAUCUACUGUCGAAAUUAAUUUGGUGCCAAUACCCGGCCUGGCAACGUAAUGUUUGGCAAUAUGACCAUCUGAUUUUAUUUUAUUAUGUAUUUUAUGAGUUUACGCAUCAAACGAUUUUUGAGAUGUAAAAAAUUGACAAAAGAUACGAAUGUUGUUCUUGUUUUUUCUGUUUUUAAUUUUUAUUAUUUAAGUGAUAUUUAUUUUAUUAUUAUUUUUUUCAACUUUUGUUUUGCAUUGUAUAGUUUCAAAGCAUCACUAUAAAUUAAAAAUUUUGGGGCGUAAAGCGCCCAAUUUAUAAAUAUGAGAAGCACAAUAAAAUGAAAAAUAAAUACAUUUCUAAAAAAAAA